GUCAAUUCUGUCAUUUCAAUUUCAGUUUUCAGCCAAUUUUCACAUUUUCAGCCACUUUUCAAGUUUUCAGUCCAGAAGUUCUGCAUGGUACCUAUUGAUAUUAAUUGGACUCAAAGAUGUUUACGUUAAAUAAUCAAUUGGAAAUGAAGAAAAUCACAGUCUCAAGUUUAAUAUCCUGCAUUUAUUUACCCAGUAUUGUCACUGUGAUAUCUUACAAAGGAUUGCUGUAUACCGUCGGGAAUGGAUCAUCCUUCUACAUUUUAGUGUUGAUCUUUGUAGCUGAAAUACUGAAGGCGUUUUAUUUGAGUGAAUCCAACAAUGAAGCCCAGCAGAAACGAAGCAAGCCUGGAAAAAGCCGUGCCAGUGAUAUUGUUAAAUCUUUCAUAUUUCUUCUCUGUAUCAUGUUUUGUUUCUUUGUGGGAAUCAUUCUAUUUGGUGCACCAGUGCUGGAGAGUCAUGAAGAGACCUUGAUGCUGUCUGCCUUGCUGACGCUGCUCACAGUGUUUCCCUUGAUUGCACAUGCUGGAGUUGAAACCUCCAUGCAACUCUUGUUUGGAGUGAAGUCAUACACUAAAGACAGUAUUUUUGAAAUGCUAGUAAAUAAUUCAAUAUUAACAGUCUGCGGUGCUUGGUUGGGUGCAGUGGUCAUUCCCCUGGACUGGAACACUCCGUGGCAGCAGUGGCCCAUUCCUUGUUACCUCGGAGCUCUUGGAGGAUACCUUCUGUCCAAUGUAUUAACUGUAUUUAAAAUGACUCUUGUAACUGCUUCAUAUAAAUAUCCCUCUCUUAAGUUUUUUGUCAACAUGGUUGACAAAUUGAGGGCAAGUAAGUAAUUUAAAUGUAAAUUUUGUUUGUAGUAAACCUAAGUAUUAGUAAUUUUGUAUUAAUUUUAGAAUAAAUUAAAUUAUUCAAUUCA